CAAAUAAGCAAAGACCUUAUUGUAAUGUACACGUGUUUCUCUAUCUCUGAGCAGGAAUAAUUGAGGACAGGGCACAUUAAUAACAGUGGCGAGGGGUGCAAAGUGUUUUUGGGGCGUAACUUGACGGAGAAUUGUAAACAACGAGAACAAAAUGAACAAAGCAGGACCUGUACCUCCACAAUAUGGGCCACCUCCAGCUGCACCUCCAAGCUACUCCCAGGCUGUGGGUGGAGUACCACCAUCUAGCCCCUUCACUCCUGGGCAUUCAUUAUCAGGAGGGCCAACAAUUGUCACAACAGUGGUUCCUGUGGGCCCACAGCCAACUCACAUGAUUUGUCCAUAUUGCCAUGCUGAGGUUGACACUGCUACAAAGACAGAACCAGGAUUAAUUGCAUAUAUUUCUGGUGUUGUUAUUGCUCUUCUUGGCUGUUGGCUUGGUUGUUGUCUCAUACCUUGCUGCAUUGAUGAAUGUAUGGACGUUCAUCACACAUGCCCUAACUGCAAGGCAUAUCUGGGACGCUACCGCCGAUAAUGCUAGACUCUGGGUCAUGAGUUAUGAAUAAACAAAGCUUAUUGAAUUUCUAAUACUCACCAAUGCAAUACUCAUUAUCGUAGUUUUAUUUUACUACACUUUUUGAACUGCAGUGUCAUUUCAGCGAGACACUGCAACCAUUAAUGACUAAGCAUAUAUAUAUAUACAUACAUAUAUACAUAUAUACAUAUAUACAUAUAAUAGUACCUGUUAAAUAAUAGAUUUAUUGCUGGUGUUUUUCAGCAGUAUAUGUUUCAGCACAAAAUUAAAACUGAUUAAACAUCGCUGUAAAUGUAAUUUUUAAUGUUGAGCUGUCAUUUUGGGAUGUCAUAUAUUUUUAUAAGAAGUUUCCAUCUUUCCUUACUGUGUUUCUAAUUGAGUAGUUCUUGUGUAGAGGCUUUUGGCUGUUUUUAGGUGUCUUUGCUUAUAAAUAUCAUUGUCAAAUGAAUGUUUGCAAGUUCUCUGACACAGAAAAUAUAUUCACUGGGAUUAGAAGUAUUUUUAUAUCUUUAACAGCAGCUCUGUUUAAGAACUGUGCUGUUGCAUAGUUCUUAGUCAUGGGUCUACUUUCAUUGGCUUUGGGCAGUGAUCAUCUCCAAAAUGUCCUUUAUCUCAUCCCUUAUAGAUAAAAGAAAAAUUUGGCAGCUCUUUGUAAGUCACAAUAAUAAUAAUUCAUUCUCCUAAAUACUACCAUCUUUUUAGUGUGUAUACCAACAUACAUUUGACAGUGGCCUGGCAAAACACGUGAUUGCAGUCUCCUUUUGGUAAUAUCACUUGCUGUCCUCUUGAAAAUGUGUGAACUAAUGAAAUAUAUCCAUGGUACUGUAAAUUUCCUUGCUUUGCCACUACACAAAGAUUUGUGAUUACUGUAAACAUAUUUUUGUCUCAGGAUACCCUUCCAGUGACUUUUGCGCAGCUAUUGGAUCUUGACUGUCCUAAUCUCUUGCUCUGCAUGCCCUCUUACUAGUGUAAUGUGUACAUUGUUUUGAAAGUUACUUUAUCAGGCUGUUAUGGAUUCUAAAAAUAUCCAUUUAACAUUAUAUAUACUCGGUUUACUUUUUGGUGUGAAAUAUUGUGUCCAUAAUAAUUAAUUUAUGUGCGUAUGAAGGUAGAUUGAAAAGCUACAGUCACAUAAAACAAACAGUUGUAGCAUAGAGAGGGCAGCACACAAUAAUAAUAAUAAUAAUAAUAAUAAUAAUAGCUUUGAGCUUCCAUAACACUUUCAAUCCUACAAAAAUUGGGAAAUGGAAGGCACAAAGAAGCAGCAGAAGUAUAAAUGAAAUAGUAUGUAACAAGGACUCAUAUCAGCAAAACUAAUUUAUCAUGUACACCUGAAUAUGCACACGUUGGAAAGUCCAGGAUGGAAUAGCAACAGUAUUAUGGAAAUGAUAGAGUUCUAAUCACUGUAUAGAGGAGACACAGUCACAGACAGGCACAACAAAAAGACUGUUAUACAAGCUUUUGGACAAAAGGCCUAGUUUCAAAGAAGAAAAUUUCUCUCUCUCUCUCUGUCUCUCUCUGUCUCUCUCUCUCUCUCUCUCUCUCUCUCUCUCUCUCUCUCUCUCUGUCUGUGUGUGUGUGUGUGUGUGUGUGUGUGUGUGUGUGUGUGUGUGUGUGUGUGUGUGUGUGUGUGUGUGUACUUCAGAAGAAGGCCUUCUGGCUGAUAGCUUGUAUAGCAGUCUUUUUCCCUGUGAUGGUGACUCAGUGCCUCUUCUGCAUGGCGAGUAGCACUCUGUCCUUUCCAUAACAUAUUUAUGUGUGUCAUUUGAUGUGGGGGUUGACAUACUGUUGGGCUAACGUUGAUUCUGCUCAUGUGUGUAUGGCUUUUUCAUAACUAUUCUACAGAUUUUGUGUUCAUCUUGGUAUUUACUUUGCAAAAAUAGUUUGUGGUAGUGUAACUAUUUUGCUCAUAUGUUAAUGGCUCAUUUUUAAACACAUUAAAAUAAAACAACAGAGUGUGAAUAUUUUGUUAAGAGAAGUAAUACUGUAUGUAUCUAGUAUAGCCUUAUAACUUGGUAUUCUCUUUCAUAAAUAACCCAAAAUGAAAUGAGGGCUUAUUGGCCACAAUUAUGGUAACAGUAGUUGGUUCUAGGUAGUUUCCAUUGUGAUGUGCAAUGAUUUACGAAGAACUCUUGUUCAGUUUUAAUUAAAUCUCAUUCAGCAGCAUUUAUUAACAGUUGUCAGUCUUUGCAGCUCAAUUGAAAAAAAGCUGAUAAGAUUGUUUUAGAGAUUGAAGUUUAGUAUUUACCACAUUUUUGUCUUUUAAAGAUUUGGAAUUGCAAGAUAUGGAAUACUUAAUGAAUGCACACACAUCUGUUUCAUCAUAAAGACUGCACUGGAGACAUCUUGGUGGAAACACGUUAUUUAACCCGUAAAUAUCUUUUACUCAUUUAUAUUAUGGUAAUUGUUCUUGUAACUGUAUUUUAGCUUUUAUGGGCUUCCAAGUUCUGUAUUUUAUGCAUGACGUAAGUUUUCAUGACUAACUCAAAUUGUCAUUUAUUGUUUUAGCAAUUUAAUUUUCUCUGUCUUACAGUUAAACUAUCCAGAAAAUCAAAAUCCUAUUGAAAUAAGUUGUUUUCGGUAGUUUUACCAUCUAAACUGUGGAAUUCAAAUGGCUGUCACUUCCUUAUGAAAGUAAUGUUUAAUGUAAAACAGACAAUAAGUUGUAUGGCAUGUCUUAAUGUUUGUACAAACUGUGGGAGCUACACAAAUACACAGUAACAUACCUACUCGUGCUCAUAUACCUCAAAUUCUGCAGGGACACAUGUUCAUAGGUUGUUGUGAAUAGCAUAUCAUUUUUCAGAAAUGUUGAGAGUAGUUUUCUUUGAUUUUAAUUUUGAGAUAACAUAUCAGCUGCAUAAAAUAAAGGUCUAUAAGAGCUGAGUCCUCAACGAAUGAAAUCUAAUUCUUGCACAUUCAGGUAAUGCUUAUCACACACUGUUUAUAAUAUUUUUGCUGUCCGCCAUCGGUAGCUGGAAGGUCAGCAUGACAUAAUCUCAAAUCUAAGGGCCCGGGUUCAAUUCCCAGCUGGGUCGGAGAUUUUCUCCGCUCAGGGACUGGGUGUUGUGUUGUCCUAAUCAUCAUUUCUUCCCCAUCAACGCGCAAGUUGCCGAAGUGGCAUCAAAUCGAAAGACUUGCACAAGGCGAAUGGUCUACCCGAUGGGAGGCCCUAGUCACAUGACUUUUACAAAAUAUUUUUGGUAUACAUGUUUCACAGAAUGUGCUGAAUAUGUACAGUUCCUAUGCUGUAUCUUGACAAAUAAUAUGAAUUAAAAAAGAAAGAGUGAAUCCUGUAGUAAAAUGUAAGCAUUUUUAUUCCGUGUAACCACUAAAGGAAAGUAAUGACACUAAGUGAUUAACUGCACUCAAAUACAUCUAACAUGGAGAUUACCCAUCUUAAUUUUUCAAUUUCUCCACAUGUGAUGAAGCAAGAUACUGUCGUAUUUCACGUAUGCCUUCACAUCUUAUGAAAAAUUCAGUAAAAGUUCAAGCUUAUCCUCUAUCCUCCCCAUCUUUUCCCCUACUCACUUACAUGUUAGACUAUUGUUGCUCAUGUCCUGUAUUUUCUGCAGCUUGUAAGUUUGACCCAUUUUUAUAGUUGUGAAAACACUGUAUACUGUUAAAUUAUGGGUUUGUGUCCUCUCACAGUCUCAUAGCUCCCCCUCCCUCUACCUCUCUGUUUAAGUCACUUGGUCGUUCAUGUAUCUGCAUAGUGUGCAUAUUUUCAUUGUAUGAAUUUAUUGUUGCCAGACCAGUAGUGUGUCUCCCUUUUUUUUGUGUGUAAUUGUACUUAACCCAAAACUGAUCACCUCUUUCCUAAAGGUUUCAGUGUCCAUGGAACAUUGUACAUUCCAAGAUUGUACACUCCAAUAGAAAUAGCAUUUAUGUUCAUUUGAAGUGCUUGAGACUUUUUCUUGGGCAUUUCAUUCCCAUGGAACUGUGCUCUCUUAAAAAUCUGUGUGAAAUAAGUACACAAGGCAUCACACUGCAGCCUAUGCAGCAAAGUGAGCUUGUAGUAAGACCAUUAUAGUUCACUAAAUGUUGUUAUAGUGGAUUUUAUUCUGAUGCAGAAUUUUUUAGGGACUUCUGCUUAACUAUUCUCAUUGCAGUUGAUGUAAAAUAAUAAUUUUGUACGUUAAUAUGUACUUAAAGAAGAGUUCACACAGUGUCAGAUAUACUGCAAUUCUUUUGUGCUUUUACUUGCUUGACAUUCAUCAAAAUAAAUAUUUACAUGUUAUGAAACAAUUGGGAUUGCAUUUUUGAAUUUGAGUGAUGGGUUUUACAUAGAUCAUGACCAGACACUGGCAGUGUAUUCAGUCUUGAUGUUACUUUUUUUUUUUUUUCCCUUAGGAGGGAAAUACCAAAUUUAAAUUUGUCUCAAAAGCAAUACUUCGUUAUAAAAAUACUUACCUGAAUAUUUUGCCUGAAUUGCCUUACAUGAGGACAUGUAAAUAUCUGCAAAUGGAAGUUUUUUUGUAACUCAAUAUAUUGUGUAAGUUUGUGGUGAAUCAAUCCCACUGUGCUAUUCGCAACAUACAGAAAAUUUCAAUUACAAAUGUUGCAACAAAUAUUAUCUUAAUCCUCUGUGAAAUAUUGCACAUCCUCUAUGAAAUAUUACACAGUUUUCAUCACUCAGAAUUACUGAAUUAAAGUGCGAACAAAUAAUUUUCUUUAUGUUUAAUAACAGAUGGGAAAGAGAGAAGUAGUCCAAGCUCACAAACACUACAUUUUUGUAGCAAUGUAGAUCACAACAGCUAUCCACAAAGCUCUUAUACCCUAAUCAGUGCAGUGACACACAAUUGCUCUGAUUUUGACAAAUGUGAGCACAUGGUGCAAGUGCUGCCACAGUACUGCACAUAACCACAUAACCUUCCUACCUACACAUAAGUUGUAGAACUUUGACCUUUCUCUUCCACUCCUAUUAACAACUUUGAGCAGUUCCCUCUUUGGAAUGAAUUUAUAGAUAACCUUUGGGAAAAGUUGAUGGAAGCCACCACAAAGCUAUACACAGUGUUUACUUGAUAAUAUAGGAAGUUGUAUGUGUUUAAAUUUAAGAUUUUGAAAAUUUUUGCCACUAGCAUCAGUGCCUUGAAAGGUGGCCACUUAAUCCAAUUCUGUCACUUCCAAUACAGUUUGCCACCAUUUUAAUAUAUUAAUAUUUGUGGAAAUGGUUUGAAUUCAUGCUGGAAUUGUGUUUCUGACACAAGUGACAAUUUAAUCUUAUUUAGUAAAAAAGGUGGUGUUAUUUUGGUGUUAAUUUCACACAGGGAAGAAUAUCAGCAACAUUUCCCACAGAAAAUCUAUUUGUGUUGUUGCAUGUGUGCACUUCUCUCUGCAUCCCCUCCCUCUCAAUCUCCUGCCCUUGCAAUAAUGUUAUAGUCUUCAAUUUAAUGUGUCCUCUCACAGUAGGUAUAAUGGUACUCAUGUCUUGUGCUUGAGUGCAUGUGCAGGCACAAAUAAUUAUCUUUUGUCACAUUUUAAUGAGUUUUCUGGUUUUUUUACUCUCAAUUAAAAUCAGUUGUUUGGGUGCUCAGCAUUCUGUGUUACUUCUUCACUGUAUGUAAGCAAAACUGUAUCCUGAAUGAAUAUUUUGCUCUGUAGUUGUGUGUGCUCUGUUUUGAAACUUCUUGAGAGGUUGAAAUGGUGUGCUGGGUCUGGGAUUCAAACCUGGAAUCCUGCCUUUAGCAAGAAAUGCCCCUACCAUCUGAAUUACCUGGGCAUGACUCACGGUUUGUCUUCAUAGCCUCUGUUCUGCCAAGACCUUUUUCCUAUUUUCCAAAAUUCACAGAUCUCCUGCUUACAUUGCUAGACUAUCACUCCUGGAAGAAAUAUUCUGGGUUCAAGAACCAGUCCAGCAUGCAGUUUUAAUCUAAGUUCCAUAAAAUUAUGUGAUAAAGUGGUGUAAUUAACAAGUUGAGCUUCUUUCGGUAGUAACUGUAUUGUAUGGUGAAAUUGCAUUUUCAUUAUUUGAUGUAAAAAUACAACACCUUACAUAGAAUGUGCUACAGUAUUUCUGUAUCAGCCCACUUGAGAUAUGUUUAAUGCAGAAAUUUUGGCUGAGCAGUAUCACAUGAUGUUGUAAUGACUGCUGUUUAUCCAGAAAUUUCAGGCUGACCUGGAUAAAGCUAAUUUAUUAAGCUUUAAUUAAACAUAUUACUUCACUUUGCUGGCUUGAGUGGUAUAUUGAUUUACAAUGAAUUUUGCUUCCUAUAUGUAUAAAAUUUGAUAACUUGCGAAGAAAACACGUUGGUGCUAUUUCAAAUAUGAAAUAAUAAUCAUUGUUUACUUGUUGUAUUAUGGGUUGUAUACUUGUUGUUAUCCAUUCAUAGAAAAGGGAAAAAUAUAAUCAAUCAUGUUUCCUUU